CCAACACUAGCUUCGCAAGACAAACUCAAGGUAUCCCCUAAAGGGCUACCUUUCGUGACUUUGAACAGGGAGCGCAAAGACAGAGGGGCAAAAUGGGACAAGAGCACGCACUUGCAGUUUUGCUCGGCCCAAGACCCCGAACUGUUGGAUGGGCUACUGCUGCUACGGUAGAACAAUGCUGAUUCCAACGCAGUGCAGCUUUCCUUUAAGAUGAACUUAGACUUAGAUGCAAUGCUAUACAUCAGGAGAGCACAGGAUGCUGGAAUCCCUGCAAUGCCAGUAAUUGUCAUAUACAUACUUACAUACACACAUAUAGUCACACAUAUAUAUAUAUAAUAUGUACUAAGGCCCAUGGCUCUUAGGUUGGAGGCCAUCGCUAAGGUGGAGAGUCGACAGUUUUGGAAUGGUUUUUGGAUGCUUUUGGUGUGUGGAUUGAAUGAGGUUGACAUGUGUGCAGCUAUGGUUGGGAGAGCGUCAGAGCACAUGGACGUGACCACUCAGGAAAACCUUUUGGAGUUUUUUCCACCUCAAAGUCCCGAUGCAGUUGUUCUUUGCAAUGUGAUUGAACCUUAUUCGCCAGAGGCGCGGCGACUCUUAUUUUCUCACAUCAUGGAGUUCCUGUCUCUCAAAGGGCGCUUGAUCGUUGUGAUUGCAAUUGGUCAGGCCGGCUUAGGUACCGAGUUCGAGUCUGUGCUUGAUCUGGUCUUCCCAACUGCCGUCGUCCUGGCAAUCCAACUGGAAUUGCGUUUUGCUUUGGAUUUGACAUGAGGCCAGCCAGCUGCAAGCCGAUGAGCUUGAGGAACGCAUAGUUUCAAUAUGUUUCAAUGCACUUGGAAAGUGUGUGUGUAUUUGUGCUUAGGUUCGGUGCUUAGUGUAUGUUGUGAAUCUUCUUCCUGUAAGUAUUAGACGUGGUGGUCCGUUCGGUUCUGCAGUGUGUGUUGUCAGUAAUUAUAUAUCAGUAAUUGGUCUCGGCUUGUGGUGGGGACCGGAAGCAUGAUUGCCGCCCAUGCAUGCCCAUGCUGCCUCCAUGCCGGCCUGAACGCCCCAAUGCUGGCGACCUCUUUGGGCCUGUGGGGAAAACAUGCCAGAACAUGCCAGAACCAGGUCAUGCCGCAACCUAACUUCGAGGCUGAGGCUGCCAGGCACCAGGCUCUAGGCACUUCUUUGAAAUAGUCCCAGCUUGCGGCCUGACUGGAGCCGAGGCCGCUGCAUGUCGAAAAAGGCCGGUUUGCCCCAGGGCUGUUUUUUGACUACUUUUUGCAGACAUGUUUCGGGACCUCGGUUGGCUUGGUUGGUUGAGUUGUUGUUCGUUUUCGUGCGUAUGCGGGGUUUCAGACUUGGGGUUUUGUUUUGGUGGCCCCGGCCACUUCACAGGCCACCCAGGAUUCAAUUAGUCUGUAGUCGUCACCCACGCACCUCACUCAAGAAGGCCACAGAUCUGAGCCAGUCAGAAUUAUCGCAGAUUGUAGAGAGGCGCCAGAUCUAGAAUUUAGUCGCUCAGAAUGACCAGGUUUCGCAGGCGAGAAAAAGGUCAAUUGAGCCAUUCGUACACCAGGUGCGCACGGAGCACACAGCCGUCGUCCUGCUGUUGCGAUUCUUUGGCUCGGUUGCGGUUCGGAUGCUGCAUGAGUGCACG